AUGUUGACGUCUUUGAGCUUGCUGCUGCUGGUCACGGCAAGCUUCGCAGUGGCUCGCGAUAUUAUCUUCCCUCCGAUCAGCCCAGCACAAGCCAAGCUCCAAGGCCACACAGGACAAUAUCAUUCUUCGAUCACCUCAGACAAAGAUGCUUUCGUCGAAUUCGAGAAAUAUGCAGGACUGACGACUUUUGCGAACCUUCCCUGGGUGCAUUGCUUGUCGCCAAAUGGGCAUGUAGAGGGCUACGACAUCGCCUUUCUCGGUGCACCGUUUGAUACAGGCACCACCGCCCGACCUGGUGCACGGUUCGGGCCUGCUGGUAUCCGAUGGGGCUCGAGACGACUAGGAGCUCCUAUGGCAUGGAGUGCAUAUACUCAUGAGAACACCUUCCUCGAGUGGGCACGCAUUGUCGAUUGCGGUGACGCACCCUUGACGUACCUAGACAACACGGUAGCCUUGCAGCAGCUUGUAAAGGCACACAAGGUGAUUUCAGGUCGUACGGCAAACACCACGGAGGUCGCGGCCGUACCUCGCAUUAUCACGCUAGGGGGGGAUCACACAACCACCUUGGCUGCCUUGCGAUCGACUAUCAACCACUGGGGUCCUGUUAGUGUCAUACAUUUUGACAGUCAUAUUGACACUUGGGAUCCUCAGGUUCUGGGCGCAGGCAUUUCUGACUAUGCCGGUCUGAACCAUGGGACUUUUCUCCAUAUUGCUCAUGAGGAAGGGCUAAUCCUUAACACUUCGGCACAUGCAGGCAUUCGGGCUCCUUUCAUCAACAAGAAGCAUGACUUGAAGAACGACAAGCGGUGCGGCUUCGAGAUCAUCACCGCCAGAGACAUUGACAAGAUUGGUGUUUCUGGGGUCGUGGAAAAGCUCAAGACGCGUGUUGGUGACACGAAUGUCUACAUUUCUGUGGACAUCGAUGUUCUGGAUCCGGCGUAUGCUCCGGCAACAGGCACCGCAGAGGUGGGAGGCUGGACUACCAGGGAGCUGUUGAGCAUCCUGGAUGGACUUGAAGGUCUCAAGGUCAUCGGUGCUGACGUGGUCGAAGUGGCUCCCAUUUAUGACAACCCGGGAGAGACCACCGUCCUAGCCGCCGCUGAAGUCGCUCAUAGCUUGAUGAGCUUGAUGGUGGAGACUCCUGUGAAGCCUCUGGAGAAGGCACAUGUGUAG